AUGGCUGGCCACUCCCUCAUUCCUUCCACCAACCCUUCCAGCAAACCUCCUGCAAGAUCCACCAAGAAUUUCAAAUGCUUAUACUGCUUCCAGAAAGGUCACACCAUUUCCAGGUGUCAUAUAGUCAGCUAUGAUCAGCAAAAGGGAUUAAUCAAAAGAAUUGGCUCUGAAUUUUGGCUCUCAGACAGCUCACCAAUACUCGUGGAUCCCUGGAGGCCCAUUAAAGAAAUAGUGAACACCUUUUCUGCUACUCAUAAUCAUCAACCUGUCAUCUUGCCUCCCCCAUCUACAGACUUCAGCUACUCCCUUUCCUCAACCGCAGCUACCAAAGAAUCAACAAUAGAAGAGGACCUUGGAAAAGUCAUUCUUUCUUCAGCUCAAACAACAGAAGAAACCAACCGCCAGGUAGUCGAUGAUCUUCCUUCUCCUGGAUCAAUUAAAGUCAGGUUGAAUGGCUCUAACUGUGAAGGAUUGCUAUACCCAGGAUGGCUUUUCAACUUUAUCUCUGAAGACUUGUACUUAGAAGUACAUCCUCAAGACAUUCUGCUGCCUGGGGUUUGUGACGAUGACAUCAAAAUAACCGGAAUAGCUUUGGCCUCUCUAUCGCUGGAAGGGAAUUUUGAAACAAUCUCUUUUCUAUUCACUCCAAGGAUACGUCCUAUCAUCCUGGGGAAGCCAUUCUUGAAUGAUUUUUUGGCCGACAUCGACCUCAGCAAUCCAUUGGCGCCAAAACUUUCAAUUUUAGAUUCCACAGGUGCUGAGCAUGCCUUCCCAAUUUCUCCGGACAAGAGGAAUCAAGCAUAUUUAAAUAUUUUUCAAAACUUGGUUUCAGAAUAG